UGCUGAAGCAAACCCCAGCGAAGUCUGCCUUGAGCAUACUAGACGACGGUCCAUUUCUGCUAACCUGUGGGAGAACUUUCCACACUGAGCCACGUGACUGGCCAUCACAGUGCCGCUCAGAGCGGACUACGUACAGUACACACUGUCAUCUGGCUUUGCUGCCUCUUUGUGAACCGAAAAGGAAGCGAUCAAAUAUUUAAUAGAGGAGAGUGAGGCUGAAACUGAGACGGAAGGAGAAUCCAACUCUUACAGCCUGUAUUCUGCACAAGGCCAACCUUUCCAUCACAGCUUCAAACAUACUCAUUAACAUCAUUGAAAGGUGAAAUUUAAUAAUUGUUAGAAUACAACCAAUAACAAAAAGGUCUCUGGAUUUUUCUGAGCUUUGAAAUCUCUCUUAUUCUUUCCUUACUCCUCAUUAAUUAAAACCACUACCUGGCUAUUCAAAGUGCAGCACGGCAUCGUACUAUUUUUGAAUGACCCACUGCUUACAUGAGUAUCCAGGAUUGAUUUUGACUUCGAAGAAGGACCCUUGAGCCCUCAACCAUCUUCUGACUGUCUGCCCAACUGUAGCAUUUGGGUGUGGUAUCAGAAUUAGGCUUCUGGAUGCUUGUUGAAGAUGACUUGAGUUGGCAGGCCUAAAAGCCCCUUACCCCAGAGAGAGAGAAAGAGCUUGGCUGUAGGACACACACACAACACACACAGAUGUGGGUGCUGAGGCGGCUUUGAGCCAUGCUGGUGUUGCUGCUCUUGGAGCCCUGGAGUACAGGCUAUCAUCAUCCCUAUCAUCAUUCACCCAAGCUGAGGAAGAUUCAACGGCCCCAAGGAGUGAGGCUACACUUCUGAACGAUUCAAAGCAGACUGGGAAACUGUGCUAACACGCAGAGAUCCACGGCUACAUCCUCAAUCACAGAUUGACACACUAAUACUACUCUCCACAAAUCCUUGAUAGAGGAAAAACAAAGCCGUGCCGGACGUGAAAAGCAAAAGACUGAGCAGGAGCUGUGCACCAACAUGGCCGCUGAGAGUCUUGCUGAGCUCCGCGAUUGGCUAUUUCUGCUCCUCCUGUGCCUCACCUUACUGGCUGAGGUGCUGGAACUGGCGGCAGCCGCAAUUGCCAUGGAGACGGGCGAGGGAGAUGAGGGCAUUGUAUGUCCCUCAGUGUGCCGCUGUGAUGAGGGUUUUGUCUACUGCAAUGACCGUGGCCUCAGUAUAAUUCCUCCACUACCGUUAAUGGCUGCCAUCCUCUACUUGCAGAGCAACCGUCUGAGUAAUGCUGGGCUGCCUCCCUCACUGGAACGCAGCACUUCCAUACGUGUGAUUUACCUGUAUGCCAACCAGCUGGAUGAAUUCCCUAUACACCUCCCGCCUUCGUUACGGGAGCUCCAUUUGCAGGAUAAUAAUAUACGAACGUUACCGAGAUCAGCUCUGGCUAAGUUACCAUUACUAGAACGUUUACACCUGGAUGAUAACUCUAUAUCCACAGUUAGCAUCCAGGAGCGAGCUUUUUCUGGGACUCCACGGCUUAGACUGCUGUUUCUGUCUCGGAACCACCUGUCAAGCAUCCCUGCAGGCUUGCCAGCAUCCUUGGAAGAGUUGCGACUGGAUGACAAUAGAAUCAGCACCAUCCCCACACAUGCCUUCCGUGGGCUUGCUUCCCUGCGACGCUUGGUCCUUGAUGGGAACCUGCUGGCCAACACACGCAUUGCGGAUGACACCUUUUCCCGUCUCUCCAACCUGACGGAGCUGUCACUGGUCAGGAACGCCCUACAGUCUCCGCCAGUCAACCUACCUUCGGCUCACCUUGUGCGACUCCAUUUGCAAGACAACGGAAUGACUCACAUACCACGGGGGGCACUGGACGGGAUGCGGCGGCUACAGAGGCUGGACCUGUCAGGAAACAAUCUGACCAGUCUCCCACGAGGGCUUCUGAAGGACACAGAAAGCUUGGAGCUGCUGCUGCUGCGAGGAAACCCAUGGUACUGUGGCUGUAACCUUCGCUGGCUCCACGCCUGGCUGCAUGGGCGAGGGGCAGCGGUAACAGUCAGGGGUCUGACCUGCACGGGACCUGAGCCUGUAAGAGGCCAAACCCUUAGAGACCUAACCUCCCUGAUGGAGCAGUGUGAAGGCCCUCCUGCUGGUCCCAGUACUGGAAUGGGAGUCAACCCAGCAGAAAAAGAUGGAGGAGGUGAAGAUGGUGUUGGAGGGGACCAAGCAGUGGUUUCAGUCCCCCAUGGCAGCACCACCACUACCUCUCUGCUGGUCCCCACACAAGGUUCCCUCUUCACCCUGCGAGCCAAGCGACCGGGCCUUGUUAUGCCUCUGCCUCCCGGUGAAGGGGGACAAGUAUCUGGAGAGGCUCUGGAGCUGUCUGUAAAACCUCUCUCUUCGGACAGUGUACUGGUGAGUUGGCUGUGCCCACAGCCGACACCCUCCUUCCGCCUUUCUUGGCUCCGGUUGGGUAGCAGUGCAGCUCUUGGUUCCAUAACAGAGACUCUGGUACCAGGAGAGAGGAGGCAGUACCUCCUAACCCAGCUCACCCCACGCUCCCAUUACCUCAUCUGCCUGCUGCCACUACGACAGGAGCCCUCUUUUGGGGGUUCCAGCAUGGGUUCAUCUCGAGCUGGCAGCAUGGACACGGACAAUAAAGACUCGGCUCCAGCCUGCGCUCAGAUAGAGACUGGAGAUGCUCUGGUCAGUUCAGGAGGGGAUGGGUCAGAUAAAGAGGGACAGGACUCAGAACUAACAGCCCUGCCAUUGGCUGGGAUCAUAGGGGGUGCCACAGCAUUGGUAAGCCUGCUGUUAAUCUUUGGCAUCUUCUGCUGGUAUGGACAGAGAGCAGGUUACAUGUCCGGGGACUCAGGCUCAUACAGCAGGGGCCGAGGGGGAAAACAUUAUGAUGACUAUGUAGAGUCGGGCACCAAGAAAGACACUUCCAUCUUAGAGAUCAGGGCCCCUCCAGCAGGGUUUCAGAUGACAGCUAUGGCCCAUCAGCCGCUGCAGUCUAAGCUGGAGGAUGUCACCUACAUCCACACCAUUUUCCCCUCCUCUUCCUCUUCCUCCCAAGCUAACGGGACCUACCGGAGCAGCCACGGAGCUGGCAGCCUCAAUGGCACCAUCCUCAGCCAAACCAGCCACCAUCAUGCCACUUAUGGUACCAACCGUGGCUACAGAGAGGGUGGCAUCCCUGACAUAGAUUAUGCCUACACGUGAUGAUACAGGGACAAAAUCCCCGAGCCAUGAAUGCCAGGCACCAUUUCUAUGAUGACGACCCCUUGGCUGGUGGCCAUUUUGUCCUUGGUUUCCAAAGUACCCUCUGUGCCUCUGCUGGUUCAAUUCUGAUUGGUUUGCUAGGUAGAAAAGACUGACUUCAGCUAUGUUGAUUGGACAUUGCUAUUGAGUGACAAAAGUAACAGUCCUACUAUAUUCUACUACUGCUACAUUAUACAGUAGGCCCUUCUUUCAGCGCUACUUAUAAUUAUAAAUGGUUACAUUUUCUCUUUUGAAUAUCUGUGUCUUUCAAACCUACUGUUCUUCUCAGCUCAUAAUAAUACACAGUAACUUAUUUGAGGUUGAUAUACUAGGCUUAGCUGAUUUAGCAGGAGAUAUAUUUAUAAUAUGAGGAAAAGGCACUUGAUGUGUAUAGAGAUAGCUCUCAUAUCUUACCAACUGUAAGCUCUGUGCUGUAUAGAUAAAAGGGAUGACAGAGGGAGAAAUCAAUGGUUGUUAUAACCCACAGAUGACAAUGCAUCAUGGUUGACAUGAAAAGAUGUGUUCCUAGCCCCCUCCUUUUCCUCUAGUUUACUCCCCUUCUUUUUAAUUUUUCUCCUUUCCACCUCUUCCUUUUUUUUGGCUGAGGCUCUUUCCUUUUAUUUCUCUUGUGUCUUUUGUGGUGCCGUGAGCAGAGGACGACUUUGUUCUCGCCAAGGGAGCUGACAGCAGUGAUAACAGUUCUGACAGAGACGUGAGACACAAACCACAGCAUGGAGAGACUAAUGAGAGGGGGAGAGAGAGUAAGAGAGAGUGGGGAGUGAUGGAUAGAUGGAUGGAGGGAUAGAACAUCAAAGAAGACGAGGAGAGAGAGAGGGGUGCUGUUUUGGGGAUGGAGACACUGAGGGAGGUGUGCUGGCUUAAGGCAGAGAGUGAGGACAGAAAAGGAAAGAAAAUAGGAAGAUAAGUGAAAAAAGGGCGUGUGACAAAUGCAGCGGCAGGAGGUAAAAAAGCAGGCAAAGGGAAAGAAGAUGGGGGAUCGAGAAGGGGGAGGACAGAGUAAAGAAGAGGGGUGACAAGUGGAAUAAUGUGACAUCAUCAUCAUCCAAAAAAUGGCACAGCGUAUCCUCUACUGCACUCAGCAAAUAUCUGAGUGAUAACAGACUGCACAUGUCCCUCGAGGACUGAUGCUUUCAGUUGCCUGUAAUCAUUACAAGUCAAAGACUUUUUGGGCAGUUUUCACCUUACGAAUCAUGUAUCUUCAUCAUAACAUGGACCUAUUUACAUGCCACGAUUUCAGAACUGUUUAUAGGACAACUGGAGGAAGGGAGGCAAGACAAUCAAAGAAAAACAUUUAAAAAAGUAAAAUGAUUGCCAAGGCCACAGGACAAAUGACUAGCUUGAGAAGAACGACUAUUAAAAAUAUCCCUCUCAGAAUUUAGAAAAAGUACUGCAUGUACCCAAUUUCUAUUGGUGGUCUGGUCUCACUAUUAAAUUACCUUUGCAAAUGAAGUGAAAGAAACCUAAUCAUACAUCUUAUAAUAGUAAUCCAUUAUCUUUGAGAGCCUGGUUAAACCCUCUUAAUUGAAAAUACAUUUUAGCAGCUACUAAUUUUUUGGUGGAAGUCGGGACUACUCUGGUUUAAUUACUCUUUGUUAAAAUCCACCCAUAACAACAUAUCUUUUCAAUUUUAUUUAAAAAGUUGUAGUUGUAACUGUUUCUAUUAGUAUUUAAGGGAAAGGAGUGAGCAAUGUUAAUAAAAUUAUCUGUCAUAGUACAUGUAAUUUUAUAUUGUGAUAUUUAUAUGUAUUGGGAUAUACUACUUGGGAAAUAUUGAUUAGGAAACUGAUUUUAGAUAAAGUUGCCAGACAGGAAUGUCUGACAAAACACCUGACAAAUUAUAGCACUAGUACACUGAUCAUAUGAAAUUCCAAUAUUGCCAUAAAGUAGUUAUAUUGAUUUAUUCAAAACACAACAGCCUAAUACCACAAGAGCUUCUAUGGUACGGACAAAUCUGUAGAGCUGAAGAGAUUACUCAAUCAAAAUAAAUCAACAGAAACUUAAUUCAAAACACAGAAACUAUUUUGAUAAACAAUUAAUCACCAACCAGUUUUCUAAGCCAGAUAUUUCCUUGUUUCAACUUCCCAUUUGUGAAUAUUUGCUGCUUUUCUUAGUCUUAUGUGAUGGUAAAUUGAAAAUCUUUAUGUUUUGGGCUGUUAGUUGGAUGAAACAAGCAUUUUACAAGACGUCACACCCUGGGCAGGAAAUGUAACUUUCAAAACUACUACAAACGAUUAAUCAAUGAACUGAAAAAAUAACAAAUAAUCAAUAAUAAAAGAAAUUUGUUGCAGCCCCACAAAUUUCUAUUGUCUUGCGGUAUCUGUCAUCGUAUUUACCCCACCCUACGAGAGGGGUUUUUAAAUUGUAGUAUUUUCACAACUGACUCUUUUUACUUUAACUGAAAUUUUAGAGUAGAUCUGAUGCAUUCUGUGAGGUAAAGUACAUUAGUUGACUCAGGUCGUCCGGUUUUAUAGGCCUUAGUAGAGCAUAGACACGGUUCCGUUAACAGGGAUCACGGCCUUACCGCUACACUGUGCAGUUCAACAGACAAACAAACACACACACAUGACAAAAAGGAAGCGGCACCUGCUUUCUGACUGCCUCUCACUGACCCCACUAAUAUACUUUGAGGGAGGAGGAACUUCAAAGGAAAAUGCUAACAAACAACCAGAGAUUAAAAGAGGAAGAGGAGAGGGUAGAGAGAAAAAAAUAAAGAGUGAUGCCGUAGAGGGAAAGAUGGGGAGGAGAGGUAUAAAAAUAUAUAUAGAGAGCCUGUAAGUGUUGAAACCCAUUCUUACUUGCAGUAGCUCUCCUUCUCUUUUCCAACCCGUGUUACUGUAUACCAGUAAUAUUGGAAGAGCUCCGGUGUGGUUCUUUUGUUAUUCUUUGUUUUUCUUUCUUUUUUUAAAGAGCACUGAAGCUUCCUUUCAUUCUGUGCAGAAAUCCUUUUCCUUUAAAAAAAAACAUCACCCUCAGAUGUGAUAAUGAAAACACGCUUAUGUAUAAACAUAAAAAUGGGUGCAAAACGCUACUCCAUUUAUUGGUCUGUCGUCAUUUUUUCUACACAGAUGAAUAAAGACUUCUACAAGGAAA